AUGCCUGCCAUGAAGCUGUCCGAGCCCACUGUGGCGCAGGCGCUUGCUGAGAUCGACCAGUCGACGUUCGAUGGAGAUGAUCUUGGUCGCAGAGCCGCCUUGAUCGAGGCUCAGAACCUGGUGAACAGGCUCGAGAAGCCUCACGAGUUCAUCAACAAGAUCACCUUGACCCAGCCCAUGCAACUCAUCGUUCUCAAGAUCGCCUCCGAAUCUGGUCUCUUCUUGCAACUCUCCUCGAAGCCAAAGACUGUCUCCGAGAUCGCAGCUGGCAUUGGUGGCGAUGAGGAGCUUAUUGAGCGUCUCACUCGUCUUCUUGGUGCUACUGGUGUCAUCAAAGAGGUUGCUAUCGACACCUUUGUUGACACUGAGCUCUCCGCCCAGUUGAAGGACAAGAACGGCAUGAUCACUGGUGUUCAAUGGGUCUGGGAUGUCUCUCUGCAGCAGAUGCAGAACCUGCCAACCUACUUCAAGGAGACCAAGUACAAGAACCCAAUCGAUGCCAAGCACCCACCGUGGUGCCGUGUCGUCAACUCUUCGCUGGGCAUGUUCGAGUGGCUCAAUGAGCGCCCAGAAGUCCACACCACCUUCAACAACUUCUUGGCUUCUCUGCUUUCUGACUUCCCCAAGUGGACUGAGAUCUACCCAACUGAACGUCUGCUCGAAGGCUACAACCCAGAGACUGCCCUCUGCGUUGAUGUUGGUGGCGGUCACGGAAUUGAUAUGCUCAAUCUUGCAGAGGUCCUUCCUGAGGAGUACAAGAAUGCCCGACUCGUCCUUGAGGAUCAACCAAACGUUGUGGCUGAGGCGGCCAAGCGCGGCCACUUGCCUGCCAAUGUCGAGACCGUUCCAUACUCUUUCUUCAACGAGAACCCAGUGAAGGGUGCCCGCACGUACCUCAUCCACUCAUGCCUCCACAACUGGCCAGACAAGGAGUCUGCACAGAUCUUGUCUCGCCUCCGAGAAGCGAUGACUCCAGGCUACAGCAAGCUUCUCAUCUACGAGCCGGUCAUUCCAGCCUCGGUUGAUGAGGUCAUCCCAAUCGCCGCUGCUCUCGAUCUGCACAUGAUGUGUCACUGCGCUGCUGGCGAGCGUACUCAGAAGCAAUGGGAGAAGCUUCUCGGCCAGGCUGGUCUGCGAUUCAAGGACUACACUGGCAUCAUCGGCUUCCCAUGGGGCGUCAUCGAGGCGGAGGCCAUUUGA